AUGCGUGGAAAUAUUGCACUGAGGGUGGUCCCUGUGGCGACGACCGUUGACCAAUUGAUUUACACUGGUCUUCAACAGCAGAAUCCGUCGUUGUCAGAGAGGGCCCCUGGGAACAAUGGUUUUAGACGGACGAUAGCUGCGAAGUCAAAUUCGCGUCCGAACGAGGACAAGAUCGCUAUCAUUGGCAUGGCAGGCCGCUUUCCGGAGGCCGCAACCACGGAUGCCCUUUGGGACAUCCUUCGGCUUGGACUUGAUGUCAGCAAGGAAGUCCCGCCGCUACGUUGGAACACCAAGACCCACGUAGAUCCGUCAGGACGGAAGAAGAAUUUCAGCAGGACGUCUUUGGGCUGUUGGCUAAAUGAUCCGGAUGUUUUCGACGCGGACUUCUUCGGAAUUUCGGCUCAAGAGGCCACCCGCAUGGACCCAGCACAGCGACUGGCACUCAUGACAACCUACGAGGCGAUUGAACAAGCCGGAAUAGUCUGGACAAGCGGUGUCGAUGGAGAUUUUGCUACACCUUCCACGCGGCGGGACCGCAAGGUCGACUCACACUACAUGCGCGCAAGUAACCGGGCCUUCAUUUCAGGACGCAUCGCCGAGACCUUUGACCUUGGUGGCCCAAGUCUUUCUGUCGACACAUCAUCUUCCACCAGCCUGGCGGCUGUGCACAUUGCCUGUCGUUCGCUCUGGGUACAGGAGACCGACAUGUGUAUUGUGGGUGGGGCUGACGUGAUGACGAACCCGGCUGUACACGCCGGCUUGGACCGAGCAGGUUUGCUGUCCCGCAGUGGCAACUGCAAGGUCUUUGAUGAGACAGCUGAUGGCCUUUGUCGCGGGGAGGCGGUAGUGUCUCUCGUGCUCAAGAGGCUCGAGGACGCUGUGGCUGAGAACGACACCGUUCUUGGUGUUAUUGCAGGAGCUGCCACAAAUUACAACUCUGCAUCCUCAGUCGGGUAUGAUUCGGCACAGAACAAUAUCCAGAAGAGCCUGUUUAUCAAGGUGCUCAAAGGAUCAAACAUGGACCCAGCAUCGAUCACAUACGUCGAGAUGGACGGAUCUCGUACCAAGGUUGGGGAUGCCAGCCGAGUUGCAUGUGCAGUGGAUGUUCUUGCACCGACAUCUGCUUCAAAAGUGGCAGGCACGAGUAGAGCCAUGCCACUAUAUCUUGGAAGUGCUAUGGCGAACAUCGGUCAUGGUGAGGCGACUUCGGGACUGAGCAGUAUCAUCAAAGUACUGCUAAUGUUCAGGGAGAACAUCAUACCGCCGCACAUCGGAAUACAUACGCGGGUCAACUCCAAGUUCCCCGUUGAGCUGGCUAAACACCGCAACGUUCACAUCUCCACCGGAAAAGCCAUCAAAUGGGGCAAUGGAGCGAAAGCAUCGUCUCGAAGCCAGCCAAAGCGUGCACUUGUGUAUGACCUGGUCGCCAACACUGAUCAUGAAGUGAUGACUCGGCCGAUCGUCUUCACCUUUACUGGGUCCCUCACAUGCAAACCGUACUUCAGGCAACUCUACGAAAGGUUUUCUCGCGUUCGAAGGGACACCUACCAUCUGGAACAGAUCGUGAGACGUCUCGGCCUUCCCCCUGUCAUGAAAGCAUUAGGGUUGAAGGGCUGUGGCGAGUCGCGUCAACAUUUCGAGUCUCAGCACUCGUACAACGGCACAGACACCAGUCAGCCUGUGAGACCGCUUGCCAGCAGGUACACGCAGUCGGUUCGACGUCAUGGGCCGCACCAGCUGAUCCAGGGUCAACAUUCUGACAACAGCACCGGAGUGUGCGAGAUGGCGGAACAACUUGCCCACGUGUGUACGCAGAUUGUUUUGUCCAGGCUAUGGAGAUCUUGGGGCAUUCAGCCAGUCGCAGCUGUCAGCGACGGCGACGUGAAUAUCUACUCGGCUCUGAACGUCGCGGGUGUGCUUUCCGACGCCGGCGCAAUCUACCUAGCCGGCGCCUCCAUCCAACUUGGAUUGCUGCAGCAAACAGAGAGGCGGCAGUCAGGUCUUGGAGAAGACUGGUAUUCCGCCGCCACUGCGGAAUUUGAAAGACUGGACAGCCUCACGGUGUACCACAAGGCCCAAAUCCCCGUCUUAAGGCUGAUCACAUCCAAGGCUAGCGAUGGGAUACCAAGCCAGCAGAUAGGUUUUUCAAAAGCGCGGCUGGAUGUUCUGUCCCAUGCAGGUGAAGACAACCAGACGCUCUUGAGUCGUCACAUACUAUGCAUCACCAAGCUAAAAGACCUCGAAAGCGAGCCGGUCGGUGUCUCUACGGAAUCAGAUCUUGUCGCAGCCUGUCACUCAUCAGAUGCCAUCCCAGACCAGUGCAUCAUACAGGAAAUGGAACCAGAAGCGCCAAAACCUUUGGCGGAUCGCUCAAGCACUCGCAAUAGAGUUGGGGUUGGAGAUGCACCACAAACAGAAUACAUGGUGCUGAUGUGGUCACACCUGACGGAGACGAUGCGGACGUUGUAUCAUGCCGGAGCCAAGAUCCACUGGGACCAAUUCUAUCUCGAUCUGCCACCGAGAAGCCGGAGAGCGAUCAGCAUCCUUCCUGCGUACAGCUGGGAUCUCAAGGAGUAUUGGGUGCCGUACGUGAACGACUGGACACUCCACAAGGGUGAUGCGCGCAAGGCAAUCGAGGUCCCCAAGCUCGAAAGCACGACCAUACACAGAAUUAUCGAGGAGACCGAGCUGGUGGACGAAGACGUCGACAAGUUACGCUUGGUUGUCGAGGCUGACAUCUCCCGUCAUGACCUUCAUGGGAUCGUGCAGGGGCACGUCGUGGACGGAGUUCCGCUCUGCACGCCGUCUAUCUACUCUGACAUUGCUCUUUCGCUUGGGAAAUACAUGCAGCAGCGAUACCGUCACGGAUGUCCAGAGCGACUGAUCAACAUCAAAGACAUGGCUGUGACGAAGGCGUUGAUUGCCCAGCCGUCCGGCCCACAAACGCUGCGAGCACAUGUUGAGGCUGACUGGGAUUAUAAUGCGGCCAUUUGUAAAUUCAGCACACUUGACCGUCGCAACAAGCCCCAACAGCACGCCCAGUGCACAAUCAUGUUCACCAACAGCGAGGUCAUGAAGCACAUUGAACAAUUCGACAUGGCCGGUUCCUACGCAAAAUUGGUCCAAGCCCUCCGGCAGGGCAUCGCGGCUCACCGGACCGUCCGCUUCACGUGCAACAUGAUGUACCGCAUGAUCAGCUCGCUGGCCGAGUUCCACCCGGACCAUAAGCUGGUCGAAGACAUUGUCUUGGACAGCCAGACGCACGAGGCUACAGCACGGGUCAGCUUUGGUCAGCUUCUCGGCGAGGACGGGAAACCCGCUGGCUCGUUCCACACCCAUCCGGGGAUCGUUGACGCGCUGACGCAGCCGGCUGGCUUCGCGCUGAAUGGAGCAGAUACUGCUGAUCUGGACAGGGAGGCUUACAUAAAUCAUGGCUGGGGCUCAUUCUACCUUUUUGAGCAGCUGGAGCUAACCAAGGCGUACACUGUCUAUGUGCACAUGACAGAAGGUGAAGACCACAUCUGGUAUGGGGACAUAGUGGUGCUUGAUAUGAGCGAGGAUGACGGCGUUGCAAGAGUGGUCGCCUUGUUUGAGAGAUAUUCGGUGCAGCGCCUGCCACGACGUGUAUUGGGCAUCCUGUUACGGGCUGAGGGCGGGGGUGCGUACAGGAAUGCCAAAGCACAGUCGGUGAAGAGUCAUCUGAGCCAGGUCGAUCACCGGCACGACGUACCACCGAAGCCUGCACGACAAGCGAGCCCUUCUCCAUCACCAACUCUGGUAUCUCCCGUUCAAGAAUUCGAGCAGCCACUUCGGCCAACUCAUGCUGCCCCUGUCACCACUUCAGGUCUUCGAGGUCGAGACCACCAACAUCUUCAUAUCAAGGUCAACAUUGCUGCCUCCCACUCGGCACCACCGACACCGCUGACGGCAGAAGCUUUAAGCCUCAAUAACGACAUGAUUGCAAGCCAGUAUGCUGAUCGUGACGCUGCUGGCGGAGUCGUGAAACGUUCAUUGCAAAUAAUCUCGGAAGAAAGCGGCUACGAGCUGGGUGAUAUUGACGACGACAACCUGGCCCUGGCGGAUCUGGGCGUUGACUCCUUACUGUCCCUGGCAAUCACCAGCCGGCUUCGUGAAGAGCUUGGGGAUUCUCUCAACCAUCUUGACCUAAACACUCUGUUCAUGGCUUACCCUACUGUCGCAACUCUCAAGGCUGCUUUGGUUGGUGAAAGACGAGCCCCGGAUCCACUGAAGGUCCCCCAGGCUACAUCGGUUAUCCUCCAAGGGUCACCCAAGAAGGCCCGCGCAACGCUCUUCCUGUUUCCCGAUGGUUCUGGCUCAGCCACUUCAUACGCAUCCAUACCUCCCAUCUCUCCGAAUGGCGACAUCUGCGUCAUUGCUUUCAACUGUCCAUUCCUCAAGAAAGAAGCGUCCAUGUUUAUGUGUCCUCUCGAUGCCCUCAUCAACCAGGGUUAUUUCCCCGAGCUGCACCGCCGCCUCGAGCUACGGCACACGGAGGAUGUUGGUACGAAGCAUACGUACUACGUCGGCGGAUGGUCUGCUGGAGGCACGCUCGCGUACCGCGCCGCACAGUGCCUACUGCAACAGGAGGAUGCGGUUUCACCCGGCCGCAAGAGCCCAGGUAGCCUGGCCGGCCUCGUGCUGAUCGACGCACCGCCGCCAAUCAGGGGCAUGGAUCCGUUGCCAGAUCACUUCUACGAGUAUUGCGAGCGGAAAGGCAUCUUUGGCGGCUGGUCGGGCCCUCAGGCUCGCAAGGCGCCCGAGUGGCUGAUCCCACACUUCAACGGCACCAUUGCCGUCUUGCAGCACUACGUCGCCGAGCCGCUCACGCGGGCCCAGUCGGCUCGGCUCAAGACCGUCGCGUGCAUAUGGGCGGGCGAGAGCGUUGUCGGCGCUGAUAAACCACUCGAGCCGCACCCAGAUGACACUGAGGGAAUGAAGUUCUUGACUGUACAGAGGACAGACUUCUCGACGGCGGGUUGGGAAGAGCUAGUUCCUGGUGUGGAUGAAGCUGCCGUUUUGUGCCAACGGCUGGAAGGCGCUCAUCAUUUCUCCUUGACUGUAGGUUUAACGGCCCUGGAUCCUGCCACCCACCAGUCUAACAUGCAGUGGAUCCAUUGCUAA